CUUGGCUCCGGCUGUGUCUGGCAGAGGUCCUCUGGCUGAGCGCGGAGCUAUGUGUGAAAGGAAACCAGGCACUGCCUGCCGGCUUCACAUCUGUUGAUCUGACCUGACUGGAAGCGUCCAAAGGAGGACGGCUGUCAGCUCUGCUGGACCGAGGACCCGCCAGCUCCCCCCCACAUCGCAUAGCAACCUGAUCACGCGUGCAGGGGGGAAACGAAAUACAUGGGACUAAAGCCCUGAGCAGAAUGGAAUAACGAUUUUUUUUCCCAAGGAUAAAAAGGAGUAAAAGGGGGGCAAACAAUUCAGUUUGAAGUCCCCGUGAGUGGGCUUUCAGAAGGCAAUUAAAGGAAUCCACUCACAGAGGAUUGGGUGGGACUUGGGUCCCGUGGCUCUCUGAUUGUAAGUGAAGCUGGUCUUACACACGCUGUUGGCAAAUGUCAGAUGGGAAAACAGGAGCAGGUUAAGUGACGAUCAAAGAACUUCCAGGUGGAACCAGGAACCCAGGUUCUGCUGUCAGCUUGAAGGAACCUGGAGCAGGAGGAGAAAGUGAACUUGAACAUGACCUGUUGCAUUUGGCAAGUUCCGGCAACAUGCUCCUAAGGAAGCGAUGCAGGCAUGGACCACGCAGACUGCAGUUCUUGCUCCUCUUCCUGAUGCUGGGAUGCGUGCUGCUGCUGGUGGCCAUGCUGCAUCCCCCCCCGCACGCCCUGCACCAGGCCGUCACAGCCCAGGUCACCAAGCGCAGCCCUGACGCUGAGUACCGCCUGAACUUUGGGGACUCCCAGGAAUGGGUGCUUGAGGCCGAGGAUGAGGGCCAAGACUAUGACCCCCUGGAGGGCCUGCCGCCCUUUAUCUCGCUGCGGGAGGAUCAGCUCCUGGUGGCUGUGGCCUCACCCAGGGUCAGAAGGAACCAGAGCCAAGGCAGGAGAGGUGGCAGCUACCGGCUCAUCAAGCGGUCAAGCAGGAGGCAGGACAAGGAGGUCCCAGAGAGGGACUGGGGGGCCGAGGAGGAGGACCAGGAGGUAUCUGAAGAUGAGCUAACCCCUCUCAGCCUGGAGGAGGCGCUCAGUGCCCGCAUCCCCCUGCAGAGGGCGCUGCCCGAGGUACGGCAUCCGCUGUGUCUGCAGCAGCACCCUGGGGACAGCCUGCCCACAGCCAGUGUCAUCCUCUGUUUCCAUGACGAGGCCUGGUCCACCCUCCUGAGAACUGUGCACAGCAUCCUCAACACAGCGCCCAGGGCCCUCCUGAAGGAGAUCAUCCUGGUGGACGACUUCAGCCAGCAAGGACAACUCAAGUCUGCUCUCAGUGAAUACGUGGCCAGGCUGGAGGGGGUGAAGUUGCUCAGGAGCAACAAGAGGCUGGGCGCCAUCAGGGCCCGGAUGCUGGGGGCCACCAGGGCCACCGGGGACGUGCUGGUCUUCAUGGAUUCCCACUGUGAGUGCCACCCGGGCUGGCUGGAGCCCCUCCUCAGCAGAAUAGCUGGUGACAGGAGCCGGGUGGUGUCUCCAGUCAUAGAUGUGAUUGACUGGAAGACUUUCCAGUAUUACCCCUCCAAGGACCUGCAGCGCGGGGGGUUGGACUGGAAGCUGGCUUUCCACUGGGAGCCUUUGCCGGAGCAUGAAAGGAAGGCGCUCCAGUCCCCCAUCAGCCCCAUCAGGAGCCCUGUGCUGCCCGGCGGGGUCGUGGCCAUGGACAGACAUUACUUCCAAAACACUGGAGCGUAUGACCCUCUCAUGUCACCGAGGGGUGGCGAAAACCUCGAACUGUCUCUCAAGGCCUGGCUCUGUGGUGGCUCCGUUGAAAUCCUUCCCUGCUCUCGGGUGGGGCACAUCUACCGAAAUCAGGAUGCCUAUGCCCCCCUUGACCAGGAGGCCACCCUGCGGAACAAGGUUCGCAUUGCCGAGACCUGGCUGGGCUCGUUCAAAGAAACCUUCUACAGGCACAGCCCAGAGGCCUUCUCCUUGAGCAAGGCUGAGAAGCCGGACUGCACAGAACGCUUGCAGCUGCAAAGGAGACUGGGUUGUCGGAUGUUCCACUGGUUUCUGGCCAACAUCUACCCUGAGCUGUACCCAUCUGAAUGCAGGCCCAGGUUCUCUGGAAAGCUCCACAACACUGGACUUGGCUUCUGUGCAGACUGCCAGGCAGAAGGGGACAUCCUGGGCUGUGCCAUGAUGCUGGCUCCUUGCAGUGACAGCCGGCAGCAACAGCACCUGAAGCACACCGGCAGGAAGGAGAUCCAUUUUGGCAGCCCACAGCACCUGUGCUUCGAUGUCAGGCAAGAGCAGGUGAUUCUUCAGAACUGCACGGAGGAAGGCCCCGCCAUCCAUCAGCAGCACUGGGACUUCCAGGAGAAUGGAAUGAUUGUCCACGUUCUUUCUGGGAAAUGCAUGGAAGCCGUGGUGCAGGAAAACAAUAAAGAUUUGUACUUGCGCCAGUGUGACGGAAAAGCCAGCCAGUUGUGGCAAUUUGACAAAGUCAACACUGUGGAUGAACGAUGAAUGACAGCAUCAGGAGGAAAAGCGAAGUUUGGCCAUGGCGGUUCAACCCCAAGGGAACUAAAAGAGCAUGUAUAUUUCAUGAAGUGGACCCUGUUGUGUUUGUGCUCCUGGUGAUAGUAGAGAAGAAAGCUCCAUGAACGAGUAUAGAAAAGUCUCUCCUUCUCACAUCUUAUUUCAUUGACUGCUGGCUGUUUUAGAAAAAGAAAAAAAACGGAUUCAUUGUCUCAUUGUCUUCAUCACUGGUAGAUGAUCAUUACAUAGCACAGAAGAUUCUUCAUUUUUUUCCAUUGACCACUUAAUAGUUGCUUUAAUCUCUGACUAAGAGGCCUGGAUAUUCUAUGGCAGUGCCUUCAGGAUACAUAAAUCCAAUCUAUCAGUUUAUUUCCAAUGGCCUUACCUUGGAUUGUCUGCAUACCCAACCAUGAAAAUUGAAGUGUGAAGAGG